AGCUAACACAUCAUCUUUUCAAUUCACUUAGGAGAUAGUGCUUCAAAUAUAAUUAGUAUUGAUUUUAUACCUUAACAGGUUACCAAGAUGAACCGUAUGGAGAGACGCAAUCAUACUGCAGUGACCAAGGUGACAGAAUUUAUUCUCAUGGGGAUCACAGACAACCCUAGGCUGCAGGCACCACUCUUUGGAAUCUUCCUCAUCAUAUACUUAGUCACAGUGGUGGGCAAUCUGGGCAUUGUUAUCUUGACCCAUUUGGACUCCAAGCUACACACCCCCAUGUACUUUUUCCUUAGGCACUUGUCAAUUACUGACCUUGGUUACUCCACUGUCAUUGGCCCAAAAAUGAUGGUAAACUUCGUUGUCCACAAAAAUACCAUUUCCUACAAUUGGUGUGCCACUCAGCUAGCAUUCUUUGAGAUUUUCAUCAUUACUGAACUGUUUAUUCUAUCAGCAAUGGCCUAUGAUCGCUACGUAGCCAUCUGUAAACCCCUUCUCUAUGUGGUCAUCAUGGCAGAGAAAGUACGUUGGGUGCUGGUAUUUAUUCCCUAUCUCUACAGCACCUUUGUGUCACUACUCCUUACAAUUAAGUUAUUUAUGCUGUCCUUCUGUGGCUCCAAUAUCAUCCAUUACUUUUACUGUGACUGUCUCCCUCUGAUAUCCAUGCUUUGUUCUGACACACGUGAAUUAGAACUGAUCAUUUUGAUCUUCGCUGGAUGUAAUUUGCUCUCCUCCCUCUUGAUUGUUCUCAUAUCCUAUAUGUUUAUUCUUGUGGCCAUUCUCGGAAUGAACUCAGUGGAGGGGAGGUACAAAGCCUUCUCCACCUGUAGCUCCCAUCUGACAGUGGUGGUCGUGUUCUAUGGGACAUUAUUGUUUAUUUACCUGCAACCCAAAUCCAGCCAUACUUUCGAUAUUGACAAAAUGGCCUCUGUGUUUUACACCUUGGUGAUCCCUAUGCUGAAUCCAUUGAUCUACAGCCUAAGGAACAGAGAAGUAAAAGAUGCUUUAAAGAGAAUAUUAACUAAUCAAUUGAAAAGUUCUGCUUAGUAUCUUAAUAUUCAGUUGUAUAGUAGG